UAUAUCAUCAACAAACAACAAGCAAGUUAUCCAACAACUUGAAUCCUUUCAAACAUAUUCAGGUUCAGGGAGCAUCAAAAGAGUUUCAAACUUUACUAAAAGAGAUGGCGUUGAUGAGAAGAAGUCUACUGGGUGCAAAGAAGAUUAUUGGCCUCUAUACCGCAGAAGCUUCUACGAGCAAGAGGACAGUCUCAUUGGUGCAAAAAGGGUUUCUUGCGGUGUACGUAGGAGAGAGUCAGAAGACGAGAUAUGUGGUGCCGCUCUCAUACUUGAGUCAGCCUUCGUUUCAAGCUCUUCUUAGUAAAUCCGAGGAAGAGUUUGGUUUUGAUCACCCGGGCUGCUUGACCAUUCCUUGCCCCGAAGACACAUUCAUCAAUGUGACUUCUCGGAUCCAAUGAUGAUGAUAUUGAUUAUUAACCUUUUUUGGAAUUAGAAAUAGAUAUAUUCAUUGGAAAUAUAUAUGACAUUUUCAAUAGUUCUUCUCGAACGAGAUGUUCUAAAAUUUAGAGAAUGAAUGUCAUUUUUACAUAAUAGACACGAUCAUGUCAGUACACUU